AUGGGGGGAGUCCGGGAAGGCUGCCUGGAAGAAGCGUCAGAUGGGGCCGUGAAGGAGGAGCCAGGUUUGCCAGGAGAUGCCCGUGCCCCUGUGAGGCUGGCAUGCAGGAUGGCAGGACAGCCCAGCCACAUGCCCCACGGAGGGAACCCCAACAGCCUGUGCCACGCCCCGGGGCCCGCGCACCCUCCUGACCCACAGCGGCACCCGAACGCCCUGUCCUUCCGCUGCUCGCUGGCAGACUUCCAGAUCGAGAAGAAGAUCGGCCGGGGGCAGUUCAGCGAGGUGUACAAGGCCACCUGCCUGCUGGACAGGAAGACGGUGGCUCUGAAGAAGGUGCAGAUAUUUGAGAUGAUGGACGCCAAGGCCCGGCAGGACUGCGUCAAGGAGAUCGGCCUCCUGAAGCAACUGAACCAUCCAAACAUCAUCAAGUACCUGGACUCGUUCAUCGAGGACAACGAGCUGAACAUUGUGCUGGAGCUGGCGGACGCGGGCGACCUCUCACAGAUGAUCAAGUUCUUCAAGAAGCAGAAGCGGCUGAUCCCGGAGCGGACGGUGUGGAAGUACUUCGCGCAGCUGUGCAGCGCCGUGGAGCACAUGCACUCGCGCCGGGUGAUGCACCGAGACAUCAAGCCGGCCAACGUGUUCAUCACGGCCACGGGCGUCGUGAAGCUCGGGGACCUCGGCCUGGGCCGCUUCUUCAGCUCCGAGACCACCGCGGCCCACUCGCUCGUGGGGACGCCAUACUACAUGUCACCCGAGAGGAUCCAUGAGAACGGAUACAACUUCAAGUCCGACAUCUGGUCCCUGGGCUGUUUGCUGUACGAGAUGGCGGCUCUCCAAAGCCCGUUCUACGGAGACAAGAUGAACCUCUUCUCCCUCUGCCAGAAGAUCGAGCAGUGCGACUACCCGCCGCUCCCCGGAGAACAUUACUCCGAGAAGCUACGAGAGCUGGUCAGCAUGUGCAUCUACCCCGACCCCAACCAGAGGCCAGACAUUGGCUACGUGCACCAGGUCGCCAAACAGAUGCACGUGUGGACUUCGAGCACCUGA